UAUAUUCUAUUCGGGCUAGGGGAAGACAUAGGAUUUGGGUUAGGGUUAGGUUAACAGUUAGUCUCCACAUCACGACCACCCCCUCCCACUUCUGUGUGUCUUGAGUAUAUUGGAAACCCCCAAGUAGUGUCGGGGGCAUAACCUAGCAUACAAUUGGCAAUCCCCCACAAGCUGCAGGCACCAUGGCAGACCGAGCAUCAGCAGCCUUGACCAUUGCAUAGGGGUCCAUUUGUAGGAGAGGUACCAAAACGUCGACAGUUGACAGGCCAAUGUUAAAAAAACGAAUGGCAACAUGGAAUUAACCCAAGAACACGACCUUCUUCAGAGGCUAGCGGACCUGAAAGUGAAGAGUUCUGUUUUAGAGGUCCAGGAGGUGGACCGGGAGGCCAUGACUAAAAAGACCGUACAGCUGAUCAACGCGCAGGACGACAACAUAACAAGGUUGACCUGUGACCCGAUCAAGAUACUGGACCAAGCAGGCUUUGAAGCGGAUGAAAUCAGCGAGAGCCCAGUUGACUUUGACUCUGUCAUGCAAGAGCUCAACGACCGUUUGGUAAGAGCCGGAGUCAUCCCGGGCCAUCCGCUGUUCCUAGGUUUUAUUCCGUCUGGCCAAGGAACAUAUCCCUCAGCCCUGGGCGGUUUCCUUCCUGCAGCCUUCAAUACGUAUUCAGUGAUUCAUUUGGAGAGCCCAGCAGCUGUCCAAAUGGAAAACAGGCUGAUCCAAUGGGUGGCAGACCUGUUCGGCUACCCCGCAGGGCAUGCCGGGAACAUUUCAUCGGGAGGUUCUCUCGCCACUCUCACGGCGUUAGCCGUCUCACGGGACAGCAGGCGACUCAAAGCCGCACACUUUCACAGAUGUGUGAUCUAUUGUAGUGAGUUUACCCAUUAUGCUGUGCAGAAGGGACUUGGAGCUGUUGGAAUGCGGGAGGCCGUUCUGAGGAAAACUCCAGUGGACACGUCCUUCAAGAUGACAGCAGCGGCUCUUGAGAAGCAGAUCAAGGAAGACAAGGAAGCCGGUUUGUUGCCGUUCCUGGUCGUGGCCACUGUGGGCACCACGCUGACCGGAAGUGUGGAUCCUGUGGACGACAUCGCUGACGUGUGUGAACGUCACCAGCUCUGGCUGCACGUGGACGCCGCGUACGGAGGGUUCUUCGCUCUGUGUGACGACAUGAAACAGCUGUUUGUUGGUGUGGAGCGGAGCGAUUCAAUUGUGGUGAAUCCACACAAAGGGCUGUUCAUAUCAAGUGGUGUAGGAGUUCUUGUGGUGAAAGAUGGAGGGAAGCUCCAACAGACCUGCUCCUUACAACAAACACCCAGUGUGUUUGAAGGAAUGCAGUUCUUUUCAGCUGAACACCUGUCUCCGUGUGAGCUGUCCUUUGAACUGACCAGGUCUUUCAGAGGUGCUCAGAUGUGGCUUCCACUGAAAGUGUUCGGUGUUGGAGUUUUCCGUGCGGCCCUGGAGGAGAAACUCCUUCUGGCACGUUACUUCUACAGGAAGCUGAAAGAAACAGGUGAAUUCGAGCUACCCUUGGAGCCGGAGCUGUCCGUGGUGCUGUUUCGUGCUACAGCGCCACCUGGCGUCGACAUCAAUAACUUCAACCAACAGCUCCUGAACGACCUGAAUUCUGAUGGGAAAGUCUUCAUGACUCCUGCCGUACUCGGCGAUCAGUACUACCUGCGCGUCUGUAUCCUGUGUUUCAGGACCCACAUGGAGCAUAUGGAUCUAUGCUUCUCAUUGAUCAGAGAAAAACGUGGCCAUCUUUGGGGGUCCUUCCAAAGCAAUGCUUAGGGCGAACCUGCUCCAUAAUGGUAGUGAAAGACUGCCAAGUAAUGGCUUUUAUUCUAACUUGACUAAUAACUCUAUAAUUCUUAACUAAUCAACUAAUUAAAUAAUUAAUAAUUUUUAACUAUUUCUAACUUUCUAAAUUGCCACUAUUUGAACUCGAAAUAAACUUUGAGAUGAAAGAAAUGUCUUCUUAAGGUUGAAUGAUAAGUAAAAGAACAAUGUUUUUUAUUUCAAAUUAACAAAAUCAUGGCCUAUUUGCCUCGGGGUAUAGUGAUUGU